AAAUCCAUAUGAUUCCAUCUCACUAUCAGUUCUAAAUUCUGUCUCCUCUGUCUCUCUGCCAUGUCUCUGUCACCACUACAAGUCUUGUUUGUUUCUCUAUCUUCCUAAUCCUUACUUUCUUUUCUGAAAAAGCUGAGGAAUCAUUUCAUUUCAUGUGAAGAAGAAUAGAGGGUUGGUUUCUCUUCUCAAAAUGCAUAGCCUGUUAUAUUAGACCUUCAUUAUGUGUCAUGUAGGAGCAUUUCACACUAACUGAGGCAAGGGAACAAUGAGUAAGAGUUGUUCUGUGCUGCUUUUUGCUUUUGUACUUGUGCUUUGUCUCUUCUCUCCAACUUCAGCCACACCACCUCCUGCUAGUGAGUGCAACAAGCUCUUCGAAGUUGUUACUGGGGUUGUUUCCAAUGUGGUUUCUGCUCUUCUUAAAUGGCUAUGGUCACUCAGUGUAAAGUCCACAACCAAACCUGGUAGAGUACAGCACAGUCGUUCCAUGGUUAAAUUUGAGAGUGACUACAAUGUGGAAACAAUAUUUGAUGGAAGUAAGCUUGGAAUUGAGCCACACUCAGUGCAAAUAUCUCCAAAUGGUGAAUUUCUUGUACUGGAUUCUGAGAACAGUAACAUCUACAAGAUCUCUGGUUCAAUGUCCAGACAUAGCAGACCCAAAUUGCUUGCUGGAUCUUCAGAAGGGUAUUUUGGACACAUAGAUGGGAGGCCUAGAGAAGCUAGAAUGAACCACCCUAGAGGGAUUACAGUGGAUGAUAGAGGAAAUAUUUACAUAGCAGACACAUUGAAUAUGGCCAUCAGAAAAAUCAGUGAUGAAGGGGUUACCACCAUUGCAGGUGGAAAAUGGGGCCAUGCAGGAGGCCAUGUUGAUGGUCCAAGUGAGGAUGCAAAGUUUUCAAAUGACUUUGAUGUGGUUUAUGUUGGUAGUAGCUGCUCUCUUUUGGUGGUGGAUAGAGGAAACCAUGCAAUUAGAGAGAUUCAACUCCAUCAAGAUGACUGUACUACUUAUGAGGAACAGGACUACAGUUUCAACUUAGGAAUUGCGGUGCUUGUUGCUGCUGGAUUCUUUGGCUAUAUGUUGGCAUUGCUGCAAUGGAGGCUGAGGGCUAUGUUUUCUUCUCCUGCUGAUCCAAGGGCACCAUCAAAGAGCAAAGGAGCGCAAUUUGCUGCACAGCAGAUGCAAAGGCCUCCCCCAUCUGCAACAACAAAGUCAUUCAGGCCUCCUUUGAUUCCAAAUGAAGAUGAAUUUGAGAAACAAGAUGAGGGCUUCUUUGUUUCUCUUGGAAGGCUAUUCCUGAACUCUGGCUCAUGCAUGAGUGAAAUUUUGGGUGGCUUGUUCACAGGGUCCAAAAGGAAACCACUGCAAUACAAUCAGUAUCAGCAGCAGUAUCAGUAUGGUAACAGACAUCCUAAUACAUGGCCCAUGCAAGAGAGUUUUGUCAUUCCUGAUGAAGAUGAACCUCCUUCCAUAGAAACCAGAACACCCAAAACCAGGGAAACCUACCCUAUCAUGACCAAAGAGCUUGAAAAACCACAGCACUUAAAGCCAAGUAGGGGUUACUUGAACAACAGGUGGGAGGGUAGUGGUGGUGGUGGUGACUAUGAAGAACAUCAUCAUCAUCAUCAUCAACAACAUCAUCAACAACAGCAUAAUCCCAAGUUGCAACAACAGCAGCAGCAACAGGUCAAACUCCAACACCAGCACCAAGUUCACACACGUUAUUCUUCCACCCCUCAAGGCUAUUAUGAGCAAAACUGUGAGACAAAUGAGAUUGUGUUUGGUGCAGUUCAGGAGCAUGAUGGAAGGCGUGAAGCCAUGGUGAUAAAGGCUGUGGAUUAUGGGGAUCCAAAGUUCAGUCACCACAAUAUUCGCCCCAGAUUAAACUAUGUAGGUUAUUCCCAUGGAUAUUGAAUAUUAGGGAUGAUUUCAUUGCAUCAAAGUCAUUCAACUCAUGGACUUUUCUAAGAGUAUGAAGUCACAAAUCAAAAUCACAAGGGAGAGAAACAGAGAGAGAGAGAGAGAGGACUCACUAGUCCUUGAAAGUUUCUUAUGAGUGAAUGUUGUAACUGAGAUGAGUAUCAAUGUAAUAUUGAAAAUACUUUUUCGUGGA